AUGCCUGAGGAGACCCAAGAAGACACCGUGUUGCCAAUGCAGAACCAGAGAAACAGGGGAACACUGGCUCCUAACCAUGUGCAGGAGGUUCGUCUGCACCGAGUGGAGUCUAUCAGUGACCUACACAGCGGAGGCUCACUACGGCCCUGUCUGGCUGAAGAGGCCCAGGCCUGGGAGGAGCUUCUGGGUGUCUUACCACCAUCACUGUGCACCCAAGCUGGCUGCAGCCCCGUGUGUGGCCGUGGGGGGUUCUUUCUGCUACUGGCACUGCUGGUGUUCACCUGCCUGGCACUAGCUGUUGUGGCUGUCUACCUAAGUGUGCUGCAGAGCGAAUCCCUGAGGGUGUUGGCAUACACGCUGCGCACACAAGAGGAGACUCUGCUCAAAUUGCGUCUGGCUAGCCUCAGCCAGCUCAGAAGGCUCAACUCCAGUGAGGCUCGGGCACCCAGCUGAGAUGCCAUCCAUAUGUGAGACUGUGAGGGGGAUGAAGGCCACCUCACUGAUGGCCUCAUCUACACUAUUCCUUGGUGAGAUUUCUGUACGAGCC